UAACCAGAUAACAUAACAACAGCAACCCAGGUUAAAUUUUUUGUUUCAAAAACCAAUCCAAGUGGUUAGUUAACGAGGACAGCCACAUAACCCAGAUCUUUAUCAUCAUCAUCAUCAUCACUCUAACCAAUUAGACCAAAACUAUUAUUCUCUUUUCUUCCCUAUUUUGCCCAUGUCUGAAACUUCAAUUCCUUUUCAGACAACAGCCCUAGCCCUGCUUCUCUAAUAGGUAAUAAACUAAUAAUCCAUGUCCAUGGACCUCGCCAGCUCCGUCGUCAAAACACCCGAAGCCGAAUCCGAGACGCCGACCAGAAUCCAGCCGCCGCCGUUAACUAACGGCGCCUUCAAGCGCCUGCAGAUUAACCACCCCGUCGUCGUAACCUACAAAGAAUGUUUGAAAAACCACGCCGCCGCCAUCGGCGGCCACGCCGUCGACGGCUGCGGCGAAUUCAUGCCGGCGCCGAACUCCAACCCAGCCGAGCCGACCACGCUCAAAUGCGCGGCUUGCGGAUGCCACCGCAAUUUCCACCGCCGCGAGCCGGACGAGCCGCCGCCGCCGCCGAUACCGCUCCCGCUCCCGCUCCCCCUCCCGCCGUCCUCCGCCGUCCCCGCCCUCGAAUAUCAGCCCCACCACCGCCACCACCCGCUCCCGCCGCCGCGCCGCGCCGCGAGCCCCAACAAUUCCCCCUCCCCCCCGCCGAUCUCCUCCUCGUACUACCCGUCGGCGCCGCACAUGCUGCUGGCUCUCAGCCACGGCUUGUCGAGCCUACCCUCCGACUGCAACAUCACCACCUCCGCUGCCGCACCGGUAAACAGCUCCGGCCACCGGAAACGCUACCGCACGAAAUUCACCCAAAAUCAAAAGGACAGAAUGCAAGAAUUCGCAGAAAAGAUCGGAUGGAAAAUGCAAAAAGCCGAGGAAGACGCAACGGUCGAUUUCCUGUCGGAAAUCGGCGUCGACAAAGGGGUUUUCAAAGUAUGGAUGCACAACAACAAGAACGCCGGAAAAAAAGAGCCGCCGUCGCAAUCAGCCGCCGGAAUCUCCACCCCACCGACCUCCGGCGCCUCCGCGGAUAACGGCGGGCACGAGAGUACAACCGGUCAAGCUCUCGGUACAAACGGCACUUCGUCUUCUUCGUGAUGAACUUCCGAUUAAAGAAAUCAAAAGUUUUAGAGAAAAAGCGUAAAACGUCGACAUGUGGAAGCUGAUCUGAUCUGCCGCUGCUGCAACUGUUAGUUUUCUUGAUUCUGUUUAUUAAUUAGAUUAAAUUUUUUAUCUUUUAAUUAACUAAUUAAUUAAUCUUUAAUCUUCGUUUUCAUUAAUUAAUUAUUAAUUAACUGUUGUCUCUGAGCUCUGAUCCCAACACGAAUACCUAUAAUAAUGAUCUUUCUCAUUUCUUUA